CUUUGUCUUUGUGUGUUGUGUGCAAUCAGCCAUCCCUCCAAUCUCAUGCUGGAUCGUCUCUCGGGAAAAAUCCUCCACAUCGACUUUGGAGACUGCUUUGAGGUGGCCAUGACAAGGGAGAAAUUCCCGGAGAAAAUUCCAUUCCGUCUCACCAGGAUGCUCACUAACGCCAUGGAGGUGACUGGUCUGGACGGUAACUACCGCACCACGUGUCACAACGUCAUGGAAGUACUCAGGCAGCACCGUGACUCCGUCAUGGCCGUCCUCGAGGCUUUUGUGUACGACCCCCUCCUGAACUGGCGCCUGAUGGACACCACAGCCAAGCCCACCAAGCGGUCUCACGGCAGGGACGGCUCCUUCUCCUCCAGCCAGGGUGGCUCUGACGUCAUGGACAAUAUGGAGGUUGCUAGCAGUCAGUCCAAGCUGGGAUCGACUGGACCAGACUCCUUGCCAUCCUUCCUUGGUCAAGGAUUUGUGCAGCACGAAGCUCUGAACAAGAAAGCCAUCACCAUCAUCAACCGGGUCCGGGACAAGCUUACAGGCCGUGACUUCUCACACGACGAGACGUUGGACGUCCCCACUCAGGUGCAGCUGCUCAUCAAACAGGCCACCUCACACGAGAACCUGUGUCAAUGUUACAUCGGAUGGUGCCCGUUCUGGUAACGAUGACGACGGGGAGAGGGAGUUCCUCGUGAAUGUUGUGCCCACUCACACACAGGCAAAGGUCCCCCGUGUAGCCCACGCACACUGUAGGGGCAAGUGCUGUUAGCGAGUAGCAGCCACCGCUGCACUACACAGAGAGGGUGGGUGGUCAGCACCACCACGCCCGGCCGCCUUUGUGUCUCUCUCCCACUGCUGCCGAUGUUUAGCUCCUCACCACGGCACCAGGUAACUCAUUUGAGGCCGAGUCGACCUAGGGGACGGACGCCCAGGAGCUGUUCAGGUGAUCGUCACCGGCGGUGGCCGUGAGUGGGAAUGGAACUCGGGGAUGCCGGGUUCGCCGCGCUAACCGCUGCACCACCGCUCCUCAAUCACCCACUCACAAACACACACACUCACUUACACACU